AUGGCCACACGAACAAGAGUAGUAUGGGCACCAGUGCGGUCAACCAUACGACAUAUUGGAACUGGUGCUGGAGUCAAUCCAGCUAAACAGGCCUCUGCUGCAGCUGCUACUGCUAUUGCACCUCAACCAUCACAUAUAUAUCAUACGCCGUCUAUACAGGAUGAAAUACUGCUUGUCAACACACUACGGGACUAUAGGAUAUUGCGAAAUCGGUGGUUUAGGGAGGGCAAAACUGUUGGAUUUGUACCUACUAUGGGCGCACUACACGACGGCCACGCCUCACUAGCCGAACGAGCACGACGUGAAAACGACAUUGUGGUGUCGUCCAUAUUUGUAAACCCUGCACAGUUUGCUCCAACUGAAGACCUAGCUAAAUAUCCUAGGACGCUGGAACGGGAUCUAGCUAUAUUGGAUGAAGCUGGUGUUGAUGUGGCUUUUGUACCUAGCGUUGAGGAAAUGUAUCCUGCUGGGAUAGUUUUGGAUGUUGGUGCUCAGGCAGGUAGUUUUGUUGAAGUCAAGGGAAAGUCUCAUCAAAUGGAAGGAAUGAUUCGACCACACUUUUUCCGCGGCGUUGCCACUGUAGUAACCAAACUCUUCAACAUGAUGCAACCAACCCGCUCCUAUUUCGGCCAAAAAGACAUUCAGCAAUGUAUCGUAAUCAAAUCCAUGAUCCGCGACCUCCACAUCCCAACCGAUAUAGUGAUCGCACCCACAAUCCGUGAACACGAUGGACUCGCCAUGUCAUCACGAAACCGAUACUUGAGUGCCGAGGAACGAUCUGUAGCUCCCAUCCUGUACCGCGCACUAGCUGAGGCCCGAGAUGUAUACAACCGGGGAGGAUCACGCCGAGAAGAUAUCAUUCUAGCUGCUGAGAAGGUCAUUGAGGCUGAUCCGCGAGCUAAAUUGGAGUAUCUGAGUCUGGCUAAUCCCAGUAGUUUGAGAGAGGAGGAGAAGGUUACGAGACGUGAGGGUGCAAUCUUGUCUGGAGCUGUUAGGAUUGGAAAGACUAGGAUUAUUGAUAAUCUGUUGCUUGGGACCAGUGUUGAACGUCUGAGUUCCCAAAACUAG